AUGGAUGAACAUUUGAUUUCUACUAUCAACAAGUUGCAAGACGCAUUAGCACCAUUAGGUGGUGGUUCUCAGUCACCAAUUGAUUUGCCACAGAUUACUGUAGUGGGUUCACAAUCUUCUGGUAAAUCGUCUGUCCUAGAAAAUAUCGUCGGAAGAGAUUUUUUACCUAGAGGUACGGGUAUUGUCACUAGAAGACCUCUAGUGUUACAAUUGAUUAAUAGAAGAGCUCAUGGCUCUAACCCUUCCAGUAACACCACUAAGACCAAUGAUUCCGCUGGUUCAGUGACUAACGAAUUAUUAGACCUUGAUAUCAGUGAUAACUCAGGUGAGAAGAAAGUUGAAAAUAAAAAGGAAAUUGAACAUCCACAUGGACAAUCCGAAGAUAAUAAAGAAGAAUGGGGUGAAUUCUUACAUAUACCUGGUAAGAAAUUUUAUAAUUUCGACGAGAUCAGACAAGAAAUCGUUAGGGAAACUGAUAAAGUUACUGGGGCAAACUCCGGUAUCUCUUCCGUACCAAUCAAUUUGAGAAUCUAUUCCCCACAUGUUCUAACUUUAACUUUGGUUGAUUUACCAGGUCUAACUAAGGUUCCAGUCGGCGAUCAACCAGUAGAUAUCGAGAAGCAAAUUAAGGAUAUGUUGUUGAAAUAUAUCUCUAAACCAAACGCUAUAAUCUUAUCCGUUAAUGCUGCCAAUACCGAUUUGGCCAACAGUGAUGGGUUGAAACUUGCUAGAGAGGUCGACCCAGAAGGUACAAGAACUAUUGGUGUCCUAACUAAAGUUGAUUUGAUGGACCAAGGUACUGAUGUUAUUGAUAUCCUUGCUGGUAGAGUCAUUCCUUUAAGAUAUGGUUACAUCCCAGUCAUUAAUCGUGGUCAAAAGGAUAUCGAACAUAAGAAGACCAUUAGAGACGCUUUGAAAGAUGAAAAGGAGUUCUUCGAAAGCCAUUCUUCUUAUAGUUCCAAAGCACAAUACUGUGGUACUCCAUAUUUGGCUAAGAAAUUGAAUUCAAUUCUUUUACACCAUAUUAGACAAACUUUGCCUGAUAUUAAGGGUAAGAUCGAGGCUACUUUGAAGAAAUUCCAACAAGAAUUGAUGAAUUUGGGACCAGAAACUAUGGACUCUGCUAGUUCUGUCGUGUUAAGCAUGAUUACUGAUUUUUCCAAUGAAUAUAAUGGUAUCCUUGAUGGUGAAGCCAAAGAAAUAUCAAGUCAAGAAUUAUCUGGUGGUGCUAGAAUCUCUUUUGUAUUCCAUGAAGUCUUUAAGAAUGGUGUUGAUUCAUUAGAUCCAUUUGAUCAAAUUAAGGAUUCUGAUAUUAGAACAAUCAUGUAUAACAGUUCUGGUUCUGCACCAUCACUGUUUGUCGGUACCGAAGCUUUUGAGGUACUGGUUAAACAACAAAUUAAAAGAUUCGAAGAACCUGCUGUGCGUUUGAUUAACUUGGUGUUUGAUGAAUUGGUACGUAUGUUGAAACAAAUUGUUAGUCAAACAAAGUAUUCUAGAUACCCAGCAUUAAGAGAUGCCAUCUCUAAUCAAUUUAUUGAUUUCUUAAAGAGUUCCAUGAUCCCAACCAAUCAGUUUGUUGUUGACAUCAUUGAGGCUGAGCAAACAUAUAUCAAUACAGCUCAUCCUGAUUUAUUGAAGGGGUCUCAAGCCAUGGCUAUGGUCCAAGAAAAAUUACACCCAACUCCACAAGUCGCUGUGGAUCCAAAGACUGGUAAGCCUUUGUCUAAUCAACCAACUAACACUGCAGUUAACAAAAAUAUGAAUGGUUCCGUGGAUGAAAAAUCUGGAUUCUUUGGUGGAUUUUUCAGUAGUAAGAACAAGAAGAAAUUGGCUGCACUAGAGUCUCCACCUCCGGUGUUGAAGGCUACAGGUCAAAUGACAGAGAGAGAAAACAUGGAGACGGAGAUCAUUAAACUACUAAUCAACAGUUACUUCAACAUCGUGAAGAGAACCAUUGCUGAUAUCAUUCCAAAGUCGAUUAUGUUGAAGUUGAUUGUCAAGAGUAAGACCGAUAUUCAAAAGGUAUUGCUAGAGAGGUUAUACGGUAACCAAGAUAUCGAAGAUCUAACCAAAGAAAACGAUAUCACUAUCCAAAGAAGAAAGGAAUGUAAGAGGAUGGUUGAAAUAUUGAACAACGCCAGUCAAAUUGUUUCAAGCGUGUAA